AUGGCCGCGCGAUCUGCUUCCAUCAUCCGCCGCUCAUUGCUAUAUGUUCCGGGCUCAUCUCAAAAGAUGCUCACAAAGUCCCUGGGCCUGCACUCAGAUAACGUCACAUAUGACUUGGAAGACUCCGUUACCCCCUCCCUCAAAGACACUGCCCGGAACCAGCUGAGGGACCACAUCUCCGGCCUCAACGCCCGGCCCUCCGGAAUCUCAGAGCUUGCCGUCCGCAUAAAUGCUGUGUCCACUCCAUUCGCACUGUCCGACCUGACUGCCCUCGCCCCUCUCCGCCAUGUUGAUGCUGUCGUGGUUCCCAAGGUCAACUCGGCUGCCGAUUUGACCUUUGUAACCGACGUCCUCCGACACGUUGCUCCGGAGCGUCACGCACCCGAUGCAGAGAAUCCCAUCAAAAUCCUCGCCCUCAUCGAGUCGGCACGCUCCGUCAUGAAUCUCUCCGAGAUCUGCAAGGCAUCCCCUUACUUGAGUGGCUUUAUCUUUGCCGCUGAGGAUUUCGCCCUGGAUCUGUCCAUAACUCGAACACCCUCUUUAACCGAAUUCCUAUACGCCAGGUCUGCCAUUGUUACCGCUGCCCGCGCUGCUGAGCUUCCAAGCGCCAUUGAUCUUGUCUGCACAUCCUACAAGGGAGAACAAGGUCUCAAAACUCUCGAGGAGGAAUGUGCUGGGGGCAAAGCCAUGGGCUUCAACGGCAAGCAAUGCAUUCAUCCCACUCAGGUCCAAGUGGCCCAGCGUAUGUUUGCUCCGGACCAGCAGGAGGUCGAGUGGGCUAUUAGGGUCGCAAUUGCUGAUGCAAAGGCCUCUGUCUCUGGAAGAGGUGCAUGGACGCUUGAUGGUAAGAUGAUCGAUGUUCCUGUUGUAGGGAAAGCCAACGCCGUCAUCGCCAAGGCAGAGCAAUGCGGUAUUGAUGUCGAGGGCUUGCGGACGAAAUGGAAGGACCAGGAGCCUGAAUAA